AUGUCCAAUGGGUACAGACCAGCGAGUCGGAUGGGAUCUGAUGACAUAAUCCACUAUAUUUUUUCCCGGUUACUCACACAACAAAAAGGCAAAAAUUGUUAUCAAAAGAACUUUUCGACUUGCUGGAAUUUCCGACCGACAACCAACACGCAGGAUACUAACCCGCCGACAACAGGCUGCCAGGGGAGAGGUCAUGAUGUUCACAGAAAAUACGAAGCCCCAAGGCAUGGCUCUCUUGCCUACCUGCCGCGAAAGCGCGCUGCCAGACACCGCGGAAAGGUCAAGAGCUUCCCCAAGGAUGACCCCAAGAAGCCCGUCCACCUCACUGCCACCAUGGGCUACAAGGCCGGUAUGACGACCAUCGUCCGUGACCUCGAGCGUCCUGGAGCCAAGAUGCACCGCAAGGAGGUCGUCGAGGCCGUGACCAUCGUCGAAACCCCACCGAGAGAGCAGAUGAUUGCCGUCGGCAUCGUUGGAUACAUCGAGACCCCCCGUGGUCUCCGCUCGCUCACCACCGUCUGGGCUGACCAUCUUUCCGACGAGGUCAAGCGCCGAUUCUACAAGAACUGGUACAAGAGCAAGAAGAAGGCGUUCACUCGCUACGCCAAGACCCACGCCGACGCCGCGGCCACGACCCGGGAGCUGGAGCGUAUCAAGAACUACUGCACCGUCGUCCGUCUGCUCGCCCACACCCAGAUCCGCAAGACCCCCCUAAAGCAGAAGAAGGCACACCUGAUGGAGGUUCAGGUCAACGGUGGCAGCAUCGCAGAGAAGGUCGAGUUCGCACACGGCCUGUUCGAGAAGCCCAUCGACGUCGACACCGUGUUUGAGAAGGACGAGGUAGUCGAUGUCAUUGCCGUGACCAAGGGUCAUGGUUUCAGCGGCGUAACCUCACGAUGGGGCACCAAGAAACUUCCCCGCAAGACGCACAAGGGUCUGCGAAAGGUUGCCUGUAUCGGUGCCUGGCAUCCAUCCCACGUCCAGUGGACCGUUGCUCGCGCCGGUCAGGACGGCUACCACCACCGUACCUCUGCCAACCACAAGAUCUACCGUAUCGGCAAGGCCGGCGACGAGGGCAACGCCUCGACUGACUUUGACGUCAGCAAGAAGCAGAUCACCCCGAUGGGCGGCUUCGUGCGCUACGGCGAGGUGAAGAACGACUUUGUCAUGCUCAAGGGCUCCAUCCCCGGUGUGCGCAAGAGAGUAGUGACCCUUCGCAAGACCCUCUGGCCCCAGGUCUCGCGCAAGGCGACAGAGAAGGUCGACCUCAAAUGGAUCGAUACCUCCUCCAAGUUCGGCCACGGUGCCUACCAGACUCCAGCAGAGAAGAGAGCGUUCCUGGGCACUCUCAAGAAGGACCUUACCACCUCUUCAUAG